CACUGAUUCAUGGUUUAAUGUACUCAUUUUAAAGGAUAUAUAGGAUAUAUUUAAGUCGCUGGCUGGACCAAGUGAAAGAAGAAGUAGACCAAUCUCGGAAUGACGUCAAAGAAUAACUCUGACCCCACAAUCUCUUCCAGGACUAAUCAGAGAAGAUUUCUGAUUAGUAAAAGAUACCAACCCAAUUUCUCGAAUAGCCUGUAUCCACUUCCGUCGAUUGAAGAAUUCAAGUUGGAUCACAUUCUUGCAAAUGAGCUAAAAAGUGAAUCUCAAGAAUUGGCUGGUUCACUAGUCAGGGUAUCGAGAAAGUAUCAGCAAGAUUUAAGGAAGGAAAUACGAAGCAAAUUAACUCUUGAACAAAAGAUCCAGUAUAAGAACAUAUCAAUUGCAAAGCAUUCAAAUAACUUGAAUAAAGAUUUGGUAUCUAGAUAUAAGAAAUUGAAUAAGGUUUUUACUAAACUGGAUCUGGGUAGUUCUGGAAGUGAAGCUAACGAUGAUUCGGUACCUGUUACUAAAUCGAGAAAUAAUGAAAUCGACGCUGAAAUAACUCAGCUUUUAGACUUAUCAAUCAAGUCUUCCCAACUAAUCAAGUCUUUAGCUAGUAAUCUCCUGAAGAUUGAUAAGAGAGUGCAUGCUCAUUCCCAUUCCGAUGUAGUGGGGCAUCCUUUUUCAGCUCAAAAUGAAAAGUAUCCGUUACUAACUAAACUUGUGUCAAGUGAAGAACGAGAUCCAAACUCCUCCUCUGGUGAACCGGUACCUUCGUCUCCUUCUAAUCAAAAGGUUAGCACUCCAAAUAGAGAACCUCGAGCAAGUUACGUGAAUACUUUCGAAAUAAUAGAGCCUUCCACACCUACACGAUCUCCUAUUAAGCAAACUGUUGAAGCAGAUAUAACAGAUCCGGAAAAUUUUGAAUCUUUCAUUACGGACUCAAUAUCCAAAUAUCGUGUUAUUCAGGAAGCUAAAUAUAAAAAUUAUAAUCUAGAUUUGGAUUUUGGUUUUAAUGGCAAUACGCAUGAAAAUCUAUUCAAAAAUCCUGAUCUGGUCAUUCCAGAACCCUCUUUAUCUCAAGCUUUGAAGGAAAAUGCUAAUAGCCCUCUUAAUUUGUUAUAUAGCUCUGUGCUUCGGACGAAUCAUACCCAACGGAAUCCCUCAAGUCCAUUAUCAUAUCCAUUUUCUAAAAGUAACCCAAAUAAUCAUUUCACUCAAAUUAAAUCGAUACCGACAGUUGAACUGACACCUCAAGUCUCACAUUUCAAGAAGCUAAGGAUUAAUGGUUCACCAAUCACCUCGGCAACUUUUGCCAAAGGAACACCGAAUGGGAAUAUAAUAUAUUCUCCAUUUGGAGACGGUAGUAAACCUUCUCCUGAAGAUUCAGCCUCUUCCCCCCUGCAGCUUCCUGUCGAUGGAGAACAAAAUCUUUCACCUGCAAAAAAGGCUCUAGAAGAGUCCUUAGCAUUGGAUCAUCUAAGAUUAAAUGAUGGCGAUUGUACGUUUGAUUCUUCGGCUCUUAGCAGUGACAGUGAAGGCAAUGAUGUCAGUGACGAUAUUAUUCUUACCUCAGACUCUUCGGAUGUAUAUUCAACAUCAGAAGAUGAAAACGAAGAAGAACAACAAACGGUUGCAGAAACUAAUCAGUAUUAUUCAACAUUACAGAAAAACCUCAAGUUGAAAAAGAAGAGAAAGCAGAAAAAGCAUAAACGAACCUUGAAAGAUAGCUCGCCCACUCCAAAAUACCAACCAUCUCACCACACUUUAAAACCAAAGAAGUCCAUUCUCAAGCUUCCUAACAACGUAUCCACAUUAAAUGAUUCUAUCAAAGCAGUUAAAAUGAAGUCACCGUCACCUAUCAGAGCGGUAAUUGAUAGUCAAUUAUCUCCACCCAAGGAGGAUAUCCAAAAGUCUUCUUCUAGUGAUCCAAAAGAAGUAUCAAGUAACCUUGUGACUCAAACUGUUGGAAAUCAUGGGUUGGGCUCAAAUGUGCUCACUGACAGCUCUGCUCAAGGAACUAUCAUUAGUGUGAAUCUGCCUAAUGAACCUGAAGCUAAAGAUGAUAAUGACAAAUGGGCAAUUGACUCCAAACUAGACAAAAAUCAAAAUAAUUUAGAAUUUAAAUCCAUCAAUGUAUUAAAAGAAUUCCUAGAUUAAUAGUAAAUUACAUAUUUU